UCAGUUCAGUUUGACUUCGGUGCUGAUUCGUCCAGACUUGUCCCGGUAGAUCCCAACACGUACCCAACCAAUUUCAAAAUGAAGUUCCUGAUCACCUUAGCCCUUCUCGUUGCCGUUGCAUCGGCUCGACCGGAUGUGAUGGUUAAGAACCAGGAACUGGACAUCAGUCCCGAUGGCACCUUCAAGCACAACUAUGAACUCGAUGAUGGAACUUUAGUCCGCGCAGAAGGAGAUGCUAACAAUGUCAACGGAUUAUACAGAUACAAGAGCCCGGAAGGAGAGAAUGUCGAGAUCACCUAUGUUGCUGAUGCCCUCGGAUAUCACCCACAGGGUCCCCAGGUUCCAGCCCAGGUGACUAAAGUUCUGAACUACAUCCGUUCCAACUACAAGCUGUAAUAAAAUCUGAAGUGAAAGCAUAA